ACUUUCACUUUUGUUUUGUAGUGGAUUUUACUUUGUAUGACAUUUUAUCGAUAUUUUAAGUUUCUAAUAACUCAAUGCAAAGUGUUUGUACAAUAUUAUGAGCUGGUUAAAGAAGAAGUUAACAGGGAGAGAUAAUCAGAACCGUGUUCAAACACAACCUGAUGUUACUCAAGUCUGUUUGGAAGCUUUCAAGUCUCACUGGCUUCAGGUAAAUGGAGUAAUAGAAGCCACAACGCCACACAAUGCAUACGAUGGAAGCAACAAUUCGUUUAUUGACAAUAUCACUAUAGAUGAUGUAGAUAUUGUGAGGAAUUUAUUGGAACAAAUGAUUUAUUUGUUGGUAGAAGAGCAAAGCUCAGGCCAACUGAUGGGACCUCUUCUUGAAUAUGCCAUCACCAAAAACGUGUUUGAGAAAUUAUACACUUGGUGGAAUUAUUCAUCCUCAUUUAAACAAGACAUCAUGUUGAACUUGAUGAAGAUUUACGAGGUGUUGAUCAGCCAGGCACAACACUCGUUGUUACAUCAUAAACAGCUGGUUGGGCCAAUGUUGAAACUAUUAUCAUCAAACCAUCAACCUAGAACUGAAGAGCUCGACCAUCACAUAGUUUUGCUGCUGAAUCUGUUGUGCGUUUGGGUGAACCGAGACCCGAGUUUGUUGCUUGUAUUUUUCAAUGCAUCAGAAUCACAAGGCCCGGCCAACUUCUUCUUGUUUUCCAACCUUAUUGAAUACGUUCACAGAGAAGGAUCUGUUGGACAACAAGCAAGAGAUGCGUUACUUCUAUGUAUGGCGUUAUCAUCAGAGAAUGAAAGCGUGGCCGAAUAUAUCGUCAAUAACUCAAACUUCUGCCCAGUCCUAGCAACUGGCUUAAGUGGUUUGUACUCCACAUUACCGCGACACAUGGAAGUCCGAGCGGAUGAUUGGCAUUGUUUGCAACGAAGCGAUUGGACAGAUGUGACGGAACUCACAAAUUUCAUGAAUUCGUUCGAGUUUUGUAACUCUGUAAUUGAGGUUGCCCACCCACAAGUUAGUGAACAAUUGUUGGAUUUUGUUUACAAUGGAUUUCUUGUAUCUGUGUUUGGACCUUCAUUACACAAGACAUCAGCGGGUGAGGUUGUGGUGACGACGGCCUACCUUAACUUGUUUCUACGAUCAGUUACGGCACCAGCUCUCAUGAGAUGUUUCCUUAAGUUCUUACUAACACAUCGACAUGAUAGUUCGCUCAUCAUAAAUACAUUGAUACAAAGAAUCGCAAGCAAUAACAGGUUGGCCUUAGUAUCAUUAUCCCUAAUACGAACAUUGGUCGAUUUAAAUUGUGAAGAUCUCAUGUUACAACUUGUCUUCAGUCACCUACUACCAUGCCAACACAUCCUGGGUAGCCAGCGUCGAGCGAUACGGGACGUUGAUCUUUAUAACGCAUCUGCGUCACGAUUCCUUGCUCUUACACCCGAUGCUUGUGCCAUGGAAGCCUCGGAAAACGGGAACGAAGACCAAAUAUUGAGACCUGUCAAUCAAACUAAUGAGCAACCAGAGACUAGUUCAACCACAUCUCCCCAUAACAUCAAUGAAACACCAAGCAAUGAUGGGAGCAAUGCUGACAUGGCUACCCACCACGCGCCCCAUAUACAAGACACAUCCUAUGACCCAAGUAUCAAACAUUCAAAUGCUCUUUCACAAUACACAGUUAAUGAGGAUUUAUCCGUCACAAUCAACAUGCAUGGAGACACACCUGAAGACAAGGAAUCAUCCACUCACUCGCAAACCAUCACCAGCCCGAGCACGAUGGCUGAGUUUGGGCCUGAUCUUAAAUCACAACUUGCUCUAAACACAAGUUAUAUGGAUUAUUUGGAAGAUGCAAGAUACGCCAUACAACAAUGCCAAGAUGCUUGCUGUGGUUGGUCGGUUAAAUACGAUGGAACGGAGGAUAAUGAAGGGGUUUCGAAUUUACUUCAACGAGGAGAUUCCUUGAAACAAGAAACAUCAAUAUUACAUGAACAUACAAACGGGGAAACCACAGAUUUAAAAACUGGUUCCGAAUCUGCAAUGAAGGCUUUAUCAGCCGCAUACCAAGCUAUUAAUAUCACCGCUCGUGCUUUGACCGAUGAUUUGUCUUCAUGUGAUGUUCAUGAAACUACAGCAGAUGGUACAGCUCGUCGUGAUACCACUCAUCAUGAUGCUACUCAUCGUGAUACCACUCAUCGUGAUGCUACUCAUCGUGAAACCACUCAUUAUGAUGCUACUCAUCGUGAUACCACUCAUCAUGAUGCUACUCAUCGUGAUACCACUCAUCAUGAUGCUACUCAUCGUGAUACCGCUCAUCAUGAUGCUACUCAUCGUGAUACAGCUCAUCGUGAUGCUACUCAUCGUGAUACCACUCAUCAUGAUGCUACUCAUCGUGAUACCACUCAUGAAGUUCAUAUUGUUGUUCACGGUGAAAACCAGAAAGUUGAUUUGGAUGAAAAUUUUAACCAACAAGAGAAAAAGGAUCUUGAAAGUAAUUCAACAACAACAACAACAACAACAUCAUCUUUAUCAGGCAAACAACGCGGCCACAGUAACCCACAAUCUACAGUUGACGAGUUCUUCCGAAGUUUGAUGGAAAUUGUCCCAAAAACUACACGAGAAAAAGUUGAAAAGAAAACGUUUCAUAAAUUAUCAAUCGAUGACGACAUUGAAUCCGGCAUCGAAGUUUCAUCGGAUGGGGACAUUCCCCAAUACGGGAAUGAUGAUCAUGAUCACAAGCACACAAGUCACCACAGUGAAGACACCAUCAGUGAAUCUUCCAGAAAUACCAAUGACGUAGACAACCAGCCAACCAAGGAGCAACUUCUCGUGGAAAACGACAUCAAAGAAUUUGAAGAGACAACUAAACUGCAACAUUACAGUUUCAUGGAUGACACAGACGAUGAAUUCGAUGACUCAGCAUCGAUGACAUCAUCGUUUUACGAAGUAUGCGAAGACUACACACCGACAGAAGUUUCCGUUCCUUCGAAUACCCCACUUAAGUUACAAGGAAUACCUUACACUGGUCCUCUAAUGGGAACAUUAUUUGCCAAACUUGAUCAAAUGAUCAGCAAUUCACUUUAUGAGAAUUUAUUACUGACUGGUAUUAUAACAAGAUUAGCUACCUACCCCCAACCAUUGUUGAGGUCGUUCCUACUUAAUACACAGAUGGUUUUCCAUCCUUCGGUGAGGUCGUUAUACCAGGUGUUAAACAGUGCACGCAACAAGAUCAACAAUUACGCCAAAGAAGUUUCCGACUUUACGAUCCUUGUUCGUCGCGCACAGAAAUAUCUCCUCGCUCGUGGCACUCUACCGCUAUCUGGUGACGCACGUAGUCGAAAUAUUGUCCGAGAAAAACCAAUGCCGGUUCCUAAAGUGAAAACGAAAACGCUUGGAGACAUGUUUGUGAGAAGGAAAGAAAGAAAAAGGAAACCGCUUCUUCCAAAACUUGAAUCACUUUUAGAGCGACGAGAUAGAUCAGCGAGUUCAGCGUCAACUACGGACGCCAAACCUCAUCCGUCAGACGGCGCUGCUGAGUCGGGUUCGUUGUUUUACGUGAAACAGCGUGUGCAAGAAAGAGAACGAGAGCAACGGAAAAUGAGAGAAUUAAAAACGAAGAACGCUGUGUAUGCGUGCAUCGUAUUGGCUGAAUUUCUCAAAGAGCUAGCAGCAGUUGCACAAGAACAUGCGGUUUCUAAUAUCUUGUAAUAUUACGAAUGUUUCUUAUACCUUCAACCUAUCUUUAUUAACCACAUUAUUUCUUCUAUAUGAUGGAUUGCAAUCGUGUUUUUAAUAGUUUUAUAGUAAGGUGGGGUAAGAUGGGACAUUUUCAUUCUGUUUACUUGUUCCAUUUGGUUUUUAACAAGUAUUUACAGAACCGUAGCCACGUGACUCUAAAAUAGCGUUGUUAGUUGUUAAAAACACGUUUAGGAAAUAUUGGUUUAGGUGCUAACGGUAUCCCAUCUUACCCCACAGUACUAUAUUGCCGAAUAACUGCUGUUUUAUGAGUUUUACUCGACUUUUAACGCACACAACCACACAGAGACAUUAUUACUUGUUUUAAGGCUAUUUAUUAUUUAUCGCUACAAUCCCUAAGCGUUGUGCCUUAGCCCCGAAAGCUAUGCAUGUGACAUUUGUGCAAGGUACUGUACGCCUAUAAGCUCAACUACUAUGUGUCGUGGUUAAAUAGCAUUUAUUUUACAUUGGUACGACAUGCACCGAUACUUUAAUUGAGUCAAUACAUUAAACCAUAAACAUA